CUCCACAUUCCUUCAAUUACCCCCACUUGAAUUCAACACAUCCACAAACCCAUGAACAAUCCCUCCCUUUCUCUCUUAUCUCCUCUGUAAUAAUCUCUUUGAUGAAAUGGUGAUGAGAUGUGAAACAUGAAGAACAUAAGAGGAGACAUAAUUUUGAUGAGCUUCCAUGGCCAGUAACUGUGCAUGUGCAUUUUCAUUAUUACCCAAUAGAUGCUUUAGCAGUAGAACCAUUUUCUUUUGUUCUGGGAUUAAAAGACCUAUUUUUACUCCUAUUCUUUCUUCCAUUACCAAAGGUGGUGCUCCUUACAAGAAUGCUUUUAUUUCUGAGGCUGUCAAGAUUUUGGGUCCUUCAGCAAAGUUUGAGGCGUCGAAGUUGACAGUGGAUUUCAUGGGACAACAAGUUGAUGAAUACUCAAGAGUCCUUCCCAGAAUCUACAUCCUCUCACACUGUGAUUUCACUGCUAAUUUAACCUUAACGAUCUCCAACAUCAUCAAUGUUGACCAGUUGCAAGGAUGGUACAGCAAAGAUGACGUAGUCGCAGAGUGGAAAGAGAUGCAAGGGAAAAUGUGUUUAGUCAUUCAUUGCUAUGUCAGCGGCCCCAACAACCUCCUACGUGACCUGGUUGCUGAGCUACGAUAUCACAUUUUCUCCAAAGACCUUCCUUUGGUACUUCAAGCCGUCCUGUAUGGAGAUUCGGCCCUCUUUAAGAAGCAUCCCGAACUUAUGGAAGCCGUUGUGUGGGUUUAUUUCCACUCGAGUUCCGCCAAGUACAAUUGCAUUGAAUGUUGGGGGCCUCUCAAAGACGCUGCACAAAGACAGGAUCAAGUUUGCGGGUUGUUACCAGCGAAAGACACAGGCACCUUGCAGCAACAACAGAAACUAAAGAGUCCGAAAUCCAUUUUACAAGCUCUAUUCACUUUUCUUCUAUGAAUUGCGUUUGUACAGCAAAUCACACAAUUUUUAUUUGAAACACAAUUCUUACCAACAAGUUUAAUAAAUGGCUAUUGAUUUAGAAAGCAAGCAUUAAUGUUAAGUUUCAGAUUCCCAUUUUUCAUGUGAGGAAUUUGUCAAACACAAAAAUUCUUGGUGCUAAUUGGACUGUUUUGAUCAUGGAAUUCAUAUGAUUGAUCAAUGGCUGAUUUUUUUUUUUUUUUACAUUAUGUAUAUUAUUAUGGAACAUAUACUAUUUUAUAUUGCCUCGUUACAGAUUUUAAUGUGUAUUUCUUUUGAUCCGAGUUUGUGCAGACUUUUUUGAGUCAAAUAGAGCAAAUAUUGUAUGCGGAAAUAUCAUGAGUUUGAAAACAUUAUUCAAAUAUCAUAUUUUCUGUCUUAAAGUUAACGUGU